AUGGAGUAUAUGAAGACGCGAUUUUCGUUUCGAUAUCCGGAAGAGGCGUAUUGCUUCGACGGUGAGGGAUUUUUGCGCCUUCUUGGUUCCAAAGUCUAUAGUUCCUUUACCUGUUUGUAUUGCGGUAAGGAGUUUUAUAGUUUGAACGGUGUGCAAACGCACAUGGCAAAUGCGGGACAUCAGAGAGUCGGUAUGCUGUACGAGGAACAACUGCUGGAGUAUGCGCCGUACUACGAUUACACCACUAGCUUCAGGGAAAUCAAACUGCCCCCUCAUGUCCUUACAGAACUGGAAUUGAUGCUGAACGAACAGGAGUGGGAACUUAUCGACGAUGUUCUGCUCAACGACGACGAUUGGGACACUCCCCACGCGCCCUCAACCCCCGUGGACGCUCCUUCUUCUUCUUCUUCUUUAGAACCGCAUAACAAGACUUCCAAAAAUUCAAGUGCUCUUCUGAGACAAUAUGCUCCCAAAAUACUGCCCAAUGGAGACCUCCACAUUACUCUUACUGGCAAUCAGCUUGCCAACAAAAGAAGACUGGGCCAUAAGCCAUACCGAUUCGCUGGCACCACCAUCUCUCCCAAACCGCCUGCCAAGGUCUUCAAAAUUACUAACCAUGAAGCACAACCACUCACAAAAGAACAGCACAGAGCUGCCAAACGCUACCUAAUGCAUGCGGUCAACAGGAGGCGUAAAGAGCUCGGGUUAGCACACACCUCGCACACACUGCUUGAUCGACAUACCUGCGUGGCACCUCCUCCUCCUCCUCGGCCUAAAAAAAUGGUUGCUUGUUCAGCCUAA